AUUUAAAACAUUUAUUGUGCGAUCAAUCCUUGAGUUUUGAGUGUUUUGUUUAUUUAUUUAUUUAUUUAUUUUUAAGGUUCCUAGUAUCACUGUUUACCUACAUAAUUUAAUUGACUUAUCAUAUUGAGACCAUAGAGGGUUGGUUUGGUAGACAAGCUGAGUAAUGCUUGAAUUCGAGUUUCACUAUUUGAUGCAACUUAUCUUUUUCUUUUCCCCUCCUACCAAUUGAGUAAAAGAAACCAAACCAAUAAGGCGUGGUAGUUUCGUAGUUUCUCAUUCAUAUCUUGGCUCUUGAUUUUCACUAGUAUAGUCAUGCUCCUGGGGAAUUUUAUUGCAUUACAAUUCAAGACUUGUGAUCUGUUUGGCACCCACUUAAAUCCUUCUAAUUUCCUUCCCAUGAAGAGUCCAAGAAGCUUAUCUAUGAAGCCGGUGGUGUUUGAAGCAAGGGCAAAUACCCGGAAAGAUAGUGCAAAAAUUCGCAAUAGGAGAAUACGAAAAAAGUUUAAUGGCACACCUACGAAACCACGGCUUUCAGUAUUCUGUUCGGAAAAGCAAUUGUAUGCAAUGCUGGUGGAUGACCAGAAUAAGAAGUGUUUAUACUAUGGAAGCACUUUACAGAGAUCCAUUCGUGAGAAUCCACCGUGCACCACCAUUGAAGCUGCUGAGCGUGUUGGCGAUGAACUUGUCAAGACUUGCAUCGAUCUCAAUAUUAAUGAAAUAUCAUCUUAUGAUCGCAAUGGAUUUGCCUGUGGAGAAAGGAUGCAAGCCUUUGAGAUUGCAGUUUCUCGUCAUGGGUUCUUGCCAUGUUAGGAAAGACUCGAGUUAGUUCUUCAUGAGCCUGGUUAACAAUGAUUGGGAAUUCAAUGAUUAUGGUGCAUUGUGAAAUAUGAAAUUUCAUUUUGGAGAGGCUUGUGAAAUUGUUGAAAUACUAUGGUGUAAAUAAAAUGCAGCUUCAUCCAUUGUAAUCUAUGAACAGAACUAUUGAUUUACAAAGUGUCAAUUUUUUGAAGAACAUGUGAAACUCUUGACAUAUUACCAAGAACCGUUGAUUA